AUGACGUCCGCGCAGGCUUCAGCCUCGACGUCGACGAACGUCAUCGUCGUGCGUCGCGACGGCGUCACGGACGUCGUCGACACCUGGCCGCCGUCGCCGGUGAAAAGAAAGACGCCGUCACGGACGGAAAGCCUUAUGACGUCGUGUGUACCAACGUUGAUUCUCUUCGUUCUGAUUUGCAUCGUCUUCAUCGUUCAACACAUCCGAAUAUCGAACUUGGAACGACGUCUAACCUCUCACGAGUCGCUACUCGCACUUUAUGAGGUUGGUUUUUCUCAUAAACAGAACAAAAAAACAGAAGAUAACGGUAAUUGAAUAAAAAAUUGUUUGUUCAUCUUUAAAAAGUUCCAUCGUUGUUAUCAAAAGCUUUCGUUGCUGUUUCUCUCAAUUUCUUGUCACAUUGGUUUUUUUUUUUGAUUGAUGUAGGUAGCGCAAGGGGAGCAGCUGGUUGUGAUGAUAGUCAAGUUGAGGAUCCGAUUACCUUUUUGAGGUCGAAGAGGGUGAAGGUGUUGGAUGAGCCCAAGAGCUUGAAUGUAUAAAGAGAAGCACCUGCUUUUUGAAUGGUUAAUUGUCAAAAGAAACGGUUUAGUGAAUGGGAAUUUGAUCAGAAAGCAUUUGAAGCUCCUUUUUUAUUGUUAAAAUAAGGAUUUUUUUAUUUCGUUUUUUCAAUUUUUUUAUGACCAAUUUAGAAACAAAGCAAUUUAAUUAUGAAGGGCAUCGUUAGUUUAUUAACUUCUUGUUGGAUUAUUAGUACUAAUUCGCUUUUUUUAGAAUUAUUUUUUUCUUCAUUUUUGUAAUAUCUUGAUUCAACGUUUCUUUAAUGAACUUUUCCCUUUCAAAUUCAUAGUUUCAUUUUUUUUUCGUUAUCAAUCACUAUCAGUUCUUAAUAUAAAGAAAAACCCUAAAAUCACUAAAUAUUUGCGGAAGACCAGGAGCAGAUGACCGCCGCACCCACCUGCGCCGACUCAAGUGCCUCCGUAAACCUCCAGCUGUUUUUGUAUGUUUAGGCGAAUUCGGGGAUAUUGGAAAAGUGAGAAAAUUUAUUAGAAUAAUGACUUCGAGAAUAUGGUGAAAAAAGGGAUAUUGAAAUUUUUAAGAGUUCCAGUUUAAGUUGAGAAUAUUAUUUAGAGCUCACUAAAAUCAAGAAAAGAUCACUUAAGUGAAGACUAUAGCCGUCAUAUUUCAACUUUCUUGAUUUCAUACUGGACUGAUUGAACUGAUUGAAUUUUAAAAAUGAGCUUAAAUUCAGUUUGUUUUUUCAAAAGCUUGAAAAAUAAAGUUCAAUUUUCUCUUGUUCUACCUUGAAAAAACGAAAGUUUCUGAAUUUAAACUUCACAAAAGGCCUUUAACUCAAAAUUCCAAUCAUCAAUUGAUCGAUCAGAAAACCCUACAAUUAGUUGCGUGUGGCGCAAUCGGUUCUAUACCGCUCAGUAAAACGGCUUAGGAUCAAAAAAGGUGACGAUUCCUUUUUUCCUUCUUUUCUUCGCAACCCCGUGAUUAUCGCACGUUAUUGGGACCAUUCUUCGACGUGUGACAUAUGUCUAAAUCGGUGUCCCUUUUUUCGUUUGACAUUCGCCGAUUUUCCAGAUUUUGUUGCCAAAAAAUAAGAUUCGAUGAUUUUCAAUAUCAGAAACUGAGAAAAUGACAUUUAAAUAACAUAAAAAGCAGAUGAACUUCGCUAGGAGAAAGAAUAAAAAAUUAUGAAUUAGCUGGCUUAGUUAAUAAAUUUUCUCGAAAUUUCACUACGGACUUCACUAAGUUCAAACGUGAGGUCAAAACUCAAAUCUGGACCCUACAGUAACCAAAUCGCAAACCUGUCGCGCUUGAGAAAACACCCAAAAAAAGAGAAGUCCUUGAAAAAGGUAAACUGAUUCGUUUUGACCCAAAGCGGGCAGAUUUUAACGAGAGGACGUCGAAAUUCGCCGUGACGGCGCUGGGAAUUCUCUAAUUAUAAAUCGUCUUGAGUCAAUUCUUUUCCCAGAAGGAAAGUUCAUAAUGGAAUUUUUUGAGCGACUUCAUGAACUGUCUGAACUCCAAAAGACUUUUCUGCGCCUCUCUAAACGCAAUAUCAAUAAUCUUCGGUACUUCCGAUCCCAUUGUAAGGGAACAUUGGUCGGUCGUAACUCAACUGAAAAAAAGGACGAGAAAAAGACAUUGAAAAAGAGGAGAUCCACUUGAUGGUCGGCGGAGAUAAAAAGAGCAGUUGGCCAUUUAGAAAAGAAGAGCAAAUUGCGUUUUUUGCGAGACUUCUUUUCCUUCGACAACUGUUUCACAUGGCCAAACGAUGCAAUCAUUAUUCAUUCCGAGCCUAACGGCCGUAUUUCAUGGGUCCUUGGUUUACUUCCAGCAGAAGUAGAUGCGUGAAAGGACGGGGAGAGUUUCCAUAGUUUCGUUGUUUUACGACUGGGAAAAUGGGUUUUUUCUUCCUAGUUCAAAGAGAAUCGGCUGUUAAGAUUUCUGGUCGAAAAAAAAUCUUUUAAUAUCAGGAAGUAUCUUUCCUAAGAUAAUUUUUACAAAGUUAAUAAUUUUAGGGUUGAAAUUUCUCAAUGCAAGACAAGAAAAAUCUUAUUUGAGAGUUCACAGGCAAACCUAGGAGUUUCAGCCUUUUUGGCUCGGGAUCGCCUAUAUUUAAACUUCAGAACUUUUUGCCACUCAAACCAUAAUUUAUUUUUUCUCUCUUAGCCUUUUUUUCCAUCUUUUUCUAACUCCCAGCCUGAGCCUGAGCACCACCAACAACAGUUGCGAUCGUAAAUUAGCGACGUGAGAUUUACGAGUGGCUGCAGCUGUAGCGAAAAAGUGAAGAACGCGCUUUGGAAAGAACUUUUGAAAGAAUCAUUCAUUUGGAGCGGAAAAAUUGUAUUUUCUGAAUUAAAAGCGAAAAAAUAACACGAAUAGGUAGCCUGUGAUCAGUUUCCAUAUAUUUUCAGAAAAAUAAUAAAUUCGAACGUCUAUUUCUGUUAAAUAACGGCAGUGAAUAAACUAUUAUUAUAUUUCGCUAAUCAAGCUAAUUUUUUUAUUGAUGGUAUUGCAUAACCUUCAAAUUCGUUCUGAGAUUUGUAAAUUUCGCUUUUUAAUUCUUACUAGCUUCCAUCCAACCAAAGAGUCCACUUAACUCAUUCCAAACCCAUUUUCUUACCACUAAAAAAAAUCGUACAUCUCCUUUAUUUGAUGUGAUCAUAAUCCUAAUGAAGUUAUCGAUUUCAAGAUGCCACUGGAAGCGUCCAACACAUCGAGACCAGAGUCGAAGCGACGGAAAACACGGCACGUCGACUGUAAUUGUCCUCCAGGUAUCAUUUAGUUCCUCUCAUUUUUUUUUGAACGUUACGGUAGCUUGUUGAAGUGCAAGCACACCAGAAAAUGCAAAUAUUCAAGCAAUGGGUGGACAUUCUUCACACACACACACACAUACAUAGUAUUUACCUUUUUCUGUUUGUGGGAGGUGCCAACAAUGGCUGUAAACUUCCAUUCGGAUGUAAUGGCCGGCUGUCAAAGUUUUCGGCGACGGCCAAGGCGACGAAAAACUUCGCAGGCGUAUAUAUUUCAAGACAGUCUUAGAGAAGGGACAUUUCGUUAUUUUAAAGCUUUUCAAAAGCUUGAAAAUAAACUGACCAUUGCGCCGGUCAGUAGACAACAUGUGUGGCCGAGUCGGCUGUCAUAACUUUUGACGGACACCCACCGCAUUAGACAUGUGUAAGACAUCCGAACUGACAAUGCGACAAGGUUUCUGAAGUCUUUUGACAAAUCACCGCGGGGCUUUUUCAAACUUCAGGUUAAAAACUUUGAAUAUAUGCUUUCAUCUGUUAGUGAAAACUUUAACUUUAAAUCUCAUGCCAGAUAAUUUAAAAAUAGCCCGGGUGAAAUUAAAUCCGAAAGAAAAUUAGAAAAUUUACACGCAAUGCUUGUUGAUGAGCGGUUGAUAAAAGUAUGCCCGUGACCUUAUAUACAGCGUCUAGUUCAAAGAAAGUAAAUUUUCAAGCAUAGAUGCCUUAUAACACUAUGAAAUUUUGAAUGAUGUUUCUCCUUUUAAAUCAAUUGACAGUUUAUUCGAUAGUUUAAGAUAGUAACGAAGUUCAUCCCAUAGAAAUGUUUGUGCUUCCGAGCUAAGGUUGUGUGCAGAAAAGCAUCGAUCAAUUUCUACGUAGAUGCACCGGGGUUGACGCUUGUUAAUCAAUCAAAGAUUUCCGCUCGGUGUGCUCUGAGAUUCGUUGAGCAACGUUCCAUUUCUACCUGAGGGAACCUUCUUAUUAGACGUGAAGUUUAAGGGAAAGAAUAGUUCAAAAUGUAGAACCAAAUACAAAACAUGGAAAUUUUACAAAAAAAAAUAUAUACUCGGACCUCGGUGUAACGGCCCGUCAGCUUAUCGCCCCCUGUCCAUUGCCCAAGCUUCUGCAGAAGCAUCAAAAAUGAACCCACAAUCUUAACUAUACCGAUUCACCAAAAAAGAGGUACUUUUCAGGUGCGCCAGGCGACCGAGGACCUGUCGGCCCGCCGGUGAGUUUGUUUUGAAUUUAGAAGUCUAGUUAUGAAAAAUUCGUGGAUUUCCAGGGACUUAGAGGAAUGAAUGGAUGGCCUGUACGUAAAAUUUCAUCAUAAAAUGAUUUUUUUUUUGAAGACUCAAAAUUUUUGACUUUAAGCACUUUUUGUUGUCUUUCACACCUUUUUCCUCUUACGUGUUGUGAUCUUUCAGGGUUUACCAGGUCUUCCAGCACCCUACUAUCGUCGGCCGAGGCUACCAAACACCCAAUUUGUUCGUGAAGUUUUUAUGAUUGAUUUUGAUACCUAUUGGGAUUACAAUUUUCGAUUGAAAACACUUACUAUCGAAGAUCAAGUUUCCGUUCAAAGUGAUUUCGCAAAAAUGAACUCACUCUCCAAAUUUUAGUUUUCUUUUUCCCUCUCUGAUGGUCAUUUUUCUUCCGCCAAAAUUACUUUGAAAGCUCAAUGGGCAAUCGGUAUCAAAAUAAAAAAUUUCCCCCAUCCUAUCCUGAAAGUGAUAGUGGUUGUGAUCUUUUCAGACAAUGGACUCAAAAAUGAGCCGAAAAUUACGCGCAUUUGGGAUGCUUUAUUCACCGGAUGGCCAGUCAAUUCAACUACGUGGAAUGCCUGGGCCUCCAGGACCGCCGGUACAACUCCUAUUUUUUCAUUCAACUAUUGUUCUCGAAUAAUCACGGGCUGCUCCGGAAUGAUCUCGCUUCCCAAACUUAGUUGCAUUAGCUUGUUAUUCCUACCCUAUGCUUAGUUCUUGUGGUGAAUGCUGAAUAUUUUGUUUCAAACCUUUUUUCUGUACUUCAAAACGUACAAUUUUAAAAAAAAAAUAUCUAAUUUUUUCCAAAGAUGAAGGGGCGAAAGGAAAAAAAAAGACUUGUGGGAAAAUUCUAGAAUCCCGGCGGAUCGCCCGCCAGUGUCUAGGAACUCAAAAUUUCGAAGCUUUUAUUAUUAUUUUUUGUGUUUUCGAAUGCCAUUUUUGCGCUUUGCAGGGUCCGAAGGGUCUACGCGGCUAUCCAGGCUUUCCGGUGUGCUUUUUUAUCAUUUCUUUUCUUCAAAUCCAAAUUUUACCGAUGUAACACGAAAACGCACGAAAAUGCACGUUUUUUUUUUCUAAGCUCGAGUGAAAGAUAUUGGGCGUUUCAGACAUAUUUUGUCAAAACCAUUGAGACAGUUCAAUUUUUGGUUCUCUCCAUUUUUUUAAUGUUUGAAACGCCCAGUCGCACCAAUCCAUUGUGUCGUGUCGCAUUUCUGUUCGAAGAUAAUAUUCAACAGUCACAUGUUCAGGGGCCGAUCGGAUUGGAUGGUCCACGAGGCUUGCCGGUAUGUGUUUCACUGCCUUUCACUACGUUAUCGAUCAUACCUUUUUCGAAUAGUUUUGUUUUGAACUUUUUUAAAAAAUAAAAAAAACUCUUUUGAAAAAACAAAAAAAAAACAAAAAUGCACCGCUAUCGCCUGUUAAUGCACCUUCGUUAUAUAAAUGAAAAUAGAUGCAAGUUUGUAUCUAUUUUUAAAGUUUGCAAGUAGUUGAACAAUUUCAAUAACUUUUAAGGGAAAUCCUGGACCAAAAGGAGAAAGAGGAGAUCGAGGGCCGAUCGGUCCGCCCGGUUACCCGGGACCGAAGGGCGAUCGCGGCGGCGGCAUAAUACAACAGCCUCAUGUAAAUUUUUCUAAACCAAAGUGGAAUACUAGGAAUUUUAGAACAAUAAUUGUUUUUCUCUCAUAAAGACUUUAAAAAAGCAAAAUUUGCAGCCAGCCAUGUUGCCUCCACAGCUGGCACAGGGCCAAAUUCUUCAAGGACCACCCGGGCCACCAGGGCCGCCAGGCCAACCCGGAAGAGACGGCCGGCCUGGAGUCAAAGGCGAUCGAGGCCUUCCUGGUUUCGAUGGAGAAUCAAAAGUGUGUUCAAUCCAGUUUUGCAAGUUCGAAAGUUCUUCAGAUUGGACCAAAAGGCGAUCCAGGAUCGCCAGGAAGAGAUGGAAUACCAGGAAACCGUGGUCCGCCAGGGGAACGAGGCGAAAAAGUUAGUUUUGUUUUGAAUUUCUCUUCUGAAUCUCAUAAUGCUUUUUUUUCUUCGUUUAUUAAAGUUUGUGCCGUGAUUUGUACUUUUCGGGAUGAAUUCCAGGGCGAAUGUAUUGUCAGGCAUGACAAGCGUCAUCAUGGUCACAAAGAACCUGGAGUUCAGGGUGCGCCAGGCCUUCCAGGGCCACCAGGACCACCAGGACCUGCCGGCAGGACUGUCAUCGGACCACCUGUAUGUUGUGGUGUCUAGCUUUCAAGUCGUGGAAAACUUUUUUCUUAGCAUGUUAAAAGAUGAGAACUAGUCACCUUUUGGCUUUUUUCCCAAUCAAUAUCCGGGCUUUGAAUCGAAAGUUGUAUAAGUUCAAGUCGAUAGUUUAUAAGUGCGACUCAGAAAUCAGAAAAAAAAGCAGUAAAUCGAAAGAUAUCUCCGGUUUUUGAGUCUAUUCAUCAGAAAACGGGUCCUGCACAUAUCGAAAAAACCAUAGUCGUACGAUUUACGGCGCCCACCCUGGUCUUUCUUCCCCGCAUUUUCUUCAACUACCAAGAACGCCGUGUACAUGGGUUAAAAACUCAGAAGAAUAAUUUUUUAUUCUGUAAUUUCAUUCGUUUGCUCAGUCUUGAGUCUUCCAGGGCGAAAAAGGCGAUCGCGGUGAGCGCGGCUAUCCUGGCGAAAGAGGCCAGCCAGGUGCGGCUGGAGCUUCAAACCUUCUCAGUGGCGGCAAAACGUUGGUCGGUCCUCCAGGUCCUCCAGGAAGAGAUGGCCGGCCUGGCGAGAAAGGCGAAAAGGUGCGGUUGGUUAUAGGGUGUCUUUCAGGGACUUGCAGUUCUCUUCUCCGAUAUAGCUUCUCAAGUUCUACCAUUCCUGAAACUUCUCAUUGUCAUUUGAUAAUCGAAAGAGUACACUUUACCAUUUUCAUUUAAAAAAUCAGGGGAAUUGCCAAGUCCCUGACGUCUUUUGAUCACUCACAAUGUCCAGAGUGCUUUUGUGUGCUGAGCACUAACGUUUGGGAUUUCUGUUGCAGGGUGAAGCUGGUCGACGCGGAGAAGUUGGACCUCCCGGGAAAGAAGGAGCCGUCGGCAAGAAAGGACGUCGAGUACGAUUUAUAGAAAAAAUAAUUAUGCAAAAAAUCAUGAUUUCCUUUGUUAUCUGUUCUAUCUGCAUGUUAGCGUUGCCGUGGUGUAUUCGACAAAAUUAAAAAAAAAAAACUAGUUUGAUAAUUUUCUUAAUAAUUUAAAUUCUAUAACUUCCAACAGACAUUUCGAUUGAAAUUUUGAAGAAAUUACGAAAAAGCUUCUUUAGUUAGAAAAUAUAUUUGAUAUUGCAUGAUCCCAGUCUCCCAUUAGACAGCAUGCCCACAAUCUGUUCUAUUUUUAAGGGUCGCCAUGGAAUUUCAAUCAUUUCUACAAACGGAACAAUCAACAACGACGUGCUCAAACUUCUCACUAAAGAACUUGUCCCGAUAUUCGCCAAUGAGCUGAAGGAACUCCAUGGAAAGAAGCUCAUUCCUGGACCGCCAGGACCAGUUGGACCGAGGGUGAUUGGAAGUUUCUAGGUGUAGAGAAUCGUUUUGAUAAGAGUCAGGAGACUAGGUGGAGGUUUGUAGAACACGGUUGGUUUCCAAAGUAAAGUUUUUUCAGGAAACGUUUGCCAUUUGUAGUUAUGCUUAACUCAUUUUAGGGCUUUAUAAACGUUUUUUAAAAGCUUUCGUUUUCUGAUUGUUUUUUUCUUAAAUGAAUUUCCAGGGCCACACCGGGCCAGCCGGACCGACGGGGCAACGAGGACCACAAGGACUUCCUGGCCACGCAGGCGAGAAAGGAGACCGAGGCGACAUCGGACCCCCAGGCCUACCUGGGCAGCCGGUUCGUUUUUAGAUUUAAAAAAUGACAUUUUUCCAAAACAUGGUUGUUCAGGGACAAGCCGUCGAAUCGCAAGGAACUUCUGCUACCUCUGUUGCUGGUCCGAGAGGUCCACCAGGCCUUCCAGGGCCGCCUGGAGAGAAAGGGGAUCUGGGACCGCCAGGAUUACCUGGACAACCAGGAUCGCUGGGCCUGCCUGUAAUAUUUCGGACUGUUAGGAAAUCUUGAUUUUGAAAGCUUUUAGGGACCGCCUGGACCAAUGGGUCUACGUGGCGGCUCUGGCGCCGAUGGUAAACCUGUGAGUUUGAGUUUUAUGUGAGGUCCCAGCAUGAUUAUAAGUGUUUUUUUUUCCUGUGAAAUCUUUUCUAUCUGAAAUCGAGCUUUUUGAAAACAUCAAUUAAUAAAAAUUAAUAAUUUUAGGGAAAACAAGGGCCGGAAGGACCUCCGGGAAAGCCGGGGCCGAUUGGACCGACAGGCCUUGACGGUCAACCGGGACUGGACGGUCGACCUGGACAGCCUGGCGAGAAAGGCGAUCAGGUUAAAUUGGAAAAAAAAAGGAUGGAAUCAUAGAGAUACUGUGCUUCGUUUAGUAACUCCAGAGUGGUCCCUAUAGGGGCAGCCUUAGAUUUCUUAGAGGGCCCUUCCGGGACCACACCACUAACCCCUUUAGAGGCCCCUAAAGCUCUCCAAAGUGGUUCCGAUAGGAAUUUCAGUUAGUAGCCCCUCUAGGGGACAUUUCGGGAUCUUUUCCCAUAGAUUCCGUAGCGAAUUCCCUUCUGCCUUUGUUAAGCUUAAUAAAUUUUCAAUUUCGAUUUUCAGGGAAUUCCUGGCUUGGAUGCUCCUUGUCCAACUGGACCUGAUGGUCUACCAUUGCCUUAUUGUUCUUGGAAGCCGAUGGAUGUGGGUUUUGAGGCAUAUAAUCAUCUUCAAAAUUUGAAAGCAACUAAUUCUCCAUCAUUUUUCGAAUAAUUCAAAAGGAAAAAAUUACAGAGCAACGUUCGAAUAAACUACGGGUAAGAGAAUUCGAAUAAAUCAACCAAUUAACAUGGAUUUCCUUAAUCUGGUCGAUCAUCAUUCGUUUAACACUGAUUUCCUAUGUCUUCCAUUUCGGUUGUAUUCAUAAAAGCGUUUGAAAGAAGCCAAGUUUGCAUUUGGCUUGAGAUAAACGCUUAGAUUACCCCUUUUGCCCUUUCCUCACCAAAGUGCUUCCUUAACAAGAAAAUUAUUUCUGAAACUUCCGAAAGUGAUGAAUUUUCCAGGGCAAAAGCGACACCUGGGAGCGGAGAAAGCGGUCUUCAAUACCAAGAGAUAGGCCGUCUGAGGCGGGCUGA